UGAGUCGAGGAGAACGCUCAUAAUGGGUUGUGAAAGUGGAAAGUACCUCAUGGAAAUCCCCGCUGGCUUUUAUGUACUGCUUUCAGUCGGGCGGUCUUAACUAGAGUAAAGACUCCGCAGUGUUUUGACGAAUAGCAGUGAAAUCCAGUGGAGAUCUAACAGAGCCAUGGACGAUUAAAGUGGACUGAGUGAAGCAGCAGUAGAGCCUGAACAUCUUAUGGGCUUUGUUAGUGGAUACCGACAUAUUGAACAGAACUAGAUUGGUUCCCCACUCCAGACUACCAUGUCUCAGGGCCAGAACUUCCUGCCCAAGUUCCUGUUUGUGAGUAACCUUCUGAAGGCCGUUAAAAUCAGAGAGCGGGUGCCCAACGAUGUGGUGAAGCCCUCGUCCAGCGGCGGCCUGAUCCAUCACCUGCGCAGCAUGCACCGCUACACGCUGGAGAUGAUCCGCAUGAGCCAGUUCCCGCAGGCCUUCCGCGAGGUCAUCCAGGCGGCCAUCUUGGACCGGGCCAUGCAGAGCUCACUGGAGCAGGAGAAGAGGUUGAACUGGUGCCGCGAGGUCAAGAAGCUGGUGCCGCUGAGGACCAACGGUGAUGGGAACUGCCUGCUCCACGCAGCCUCUCAGUACCUGCUGGGGGUUCAGGACACAGACCUGGUGCUGCGAAAGGCUCUUUACGCAGUGCUGAAGGAGACAGACACUAGUAACUUUAGAGGGCGCUUUCAGACAGAGCUGCUGCACUCUCAGGAGUUCACUCAGACUGGCCUGCGAUACAGCACUUUGAACUGGGAGGAGGAAUGGGUGAAGAUUGUAGAAAUGGCUUCUCCGGUGUCCAGCAGUAAUGGCCUACAGUUUGACUCACUAGAGGAUAUUCACAUCUUUGUGCUUUCAAAUAUUCUCCGGAGACCAAUUAUUGUUAUUGCAGACCAAGUACUCCGAAGUAUCAAGUCCGGUUCCUCCUUUUCACCCCUCAAUGUCGGGGGCAUAUAUCUGCCUUUGCAUUGGCCUCCAGGAGAGUGCUACAAGUAUCCCAUAGUGCUUGGAUACGACUCUCAGCACUUUGCACCUCUGAUCACAAUCAAAGACAGCGGCCCAGAGAUCCGUGGUGUGCCACUGAUAAACCCUGGACGGGGUGGGUUUGAAGAUCUCCGAGUGCACUUUCUGACAGAAAAGGAGCAGCAACAGAAGGAGAAGUUGCUGAAAGACUACCUAAUGCUUAUAGAAAUCCCUGUCAUUGGCCUGGGCUGCGAUCCCACACAGAUCAUCACUGCAGCCAGACUGGAUGAAGGCAACCUACCUGAGGACAUGAACCUGAUGGAGGACUAUCUACAGCUGGUCAACCAUGAAUAUAAGCGCUGGCAGGAGGAUAAGGAGUCAUUAUUGGCCCCCCAAUCCCAGCGUCCCCCUCCCUUCUCAGUCUCCCAGCUCUCUCUUAUUGAGAUCCGCUGUGCCACUCCCCGUUGUACCUUCUACGUCUCGGUGGACACUCAACCCCACUGUCACGAGUGCUUCGAAAAGCGGCAGGCGGGUUGUAAGCCAGAGGCCAUUUCCACCACAAAUCAAACCUCGUCCUCGGACCCCGAGAGCCGAGGGAGGCUGGAGCACUCCGUCCUGCCCAGCCCACGCUCUGCGCCCCCUACGGCCCCCAGUCUAAGCCUUUACAGUGAGACUCAUGCCAUGAAGUGCAAGACGCCCGGAUGCUUGUUCACGCUCAGCGUGGAGCAUGAUGGGUUGUGUGAACGCUGCUUCACGGCGAGGCAAAACCGAACGGCGGCUAAUGGUCCACUGCAGCAGGGCUGGUGGGCGACAGGCAGCCGGGAGCGAGAGAAGGAGAGAGAGCGAGAAAGGGACACUGAGAGGUGCGUUGUGUGCCAUCAGGAGGUCUUUAGGAUAUUCAAUGGUCUUUGCCCACCCUGCAUGCAGAGGACUGCCGUUUCCGAGAGGGGGGACCCCCAGCAGCAGGAGCCCAGGACCGAGGCUUCAUUAUGGGCUCUGCACAGGGAGACCGAGCGCACGGGACACACCUGGCAGACACCCGCGGCCCGGCAGUGUAAACGCCCCGGCUGCCAGUUCUUUGGGACGCCAGAGAAGCUGGGAUUCUGCACUAUAUGUUAUGUAGACUACCAGACCAAUCACCUGGCCACCCCUGCUCUUGUCCAGCCCAGACACACAUCUGAGGCGGGCUUCCAGAACUGUCCGCGGUGCCGGGGUCAGGGCUGCGGCGCCGAGGGAAAGGCCAUGCUCGAGGGUUACUGCAACAAGUGCUUUGUGAAGGAACAGAGUGCCAGACUCAACCAAGCAGCGAGCAGGGGCUCUCACUCCCCGCCUCUCGUCACGCGGUCCUCGAAGGCUCGUCCUCCUCCGAUGCUGUCCCAGACACCGUGUCGGCGCAGCGGCUGUAAGAACCUGUCCCCGGGCUGCACGGACCUCUGCCCGGACUGCAUCAGCCGUGGCCAGCGAGAGGGUCGACGAGCACAGGCGCCCAAAGAGAAGAGCAAACAGCGCUGCAAGACGCAGGGCUGCGACCACUACGCCAACCAAGAGAAACAAGGCUACUGUAACGAAUGUGACCACUUCAAGCAGAUUUACUGAGGCUGACAGAACGGUUCACUGCUGAAAAAGGGCCCAGUUCAU